AUGGAGAUUCAAAUCGGGGAUAGGCGGCAAAACCUUUACCGAUAUGGAGGAUUCAUAAACAUCUACGAUUAUAAUGUGAACCAAUUUGAAAGUGCGGACUCUAUUGCUGAAAUAUAUAUUCAAGAUGGCCAGGUAUUCUUUCGCAACAUUCAAUCUAAGGCAACCUUUCAAACACUGCGGUUACUUCCUUCGCCUAGUGAAAAAAAGCUUUUUUACUACAUUCCCUUAAAUGAAACAAUGUAUAUUAAUGAUAUAAAAACUUCCAUUUUACCUAUAAGUACAUCUACAUCUUCUGAUGGUUCGUUUAAUGCUUCUAAAACAGGAACUACGACUAUUCCGAAUACGCCACAAAAGCCUUCGCAGCCUGAUUUAACUUCUUUGACAGAACCUAGGAUAAACAAGCCGUUUAUCUUCGAGACCAAGUCUGAAAGUAAACUCCACCCGGUAUGGGGAAAACAAAACUCAACUUCUUCAGGUCAGCUCUCGCGGAUUGCUCCAGAAACGACGACGCUUGAUUUGGAAAGAGUACUUUUUGGUCAAAAUAUUCCAGAAUCUAAAUCAAACGAAAAAGACUCCAAGGAAACUCCAGUGAGUGAAACAUCAAUGCCUGCAAAUGUUGAGGAAGAGACAGAUUCCAAGCAAAUUCAAGACAGAAACUUAGAAGAAAUUGGUGAAUCUGAUGAGAAAAGAAUCCAUCCGACGGAAUCCGACCAUUCUUUUGAACAAGCUGCUGCUCCGGAAUCCGACACAACGAACGAAGAAGAAAAUAAUAUACCCUCUACCCCUGCUGAUAUGAAUAUGUCUGAGAAUACAAAAUCACCAGAAAAAUUAGAUCAGCAACCUUCAGUUGAAAGGUUACCAUCACCGGAAGAGCAAGAAGGAGUCCUUAGUGAUCAUCAACAAAUAGACACUGGUGCAUCAGCAUUAGAAACUAAUACGAAUAAAGAAGAAACGAAAAACAUGGAAAAUAAUUCAGAACAUGUUGCUCGCGAUGAAUCGAAUCUAAGCCCAGAGAGAAAAAAGGACAUUGUAGAGAACCAAGAGGAAGUACACACAAGUCGGCAAAUUUUACAAGAUACUGAAGAAAACGAAAAUAAAGAUAUAGAAGCUCAAGAGCAAGAAAGAGAGGAAGAAGAAAUCCCUCUAACGAACUAUACAUUUCCAUCGUCCGCUGGAUCUACUGAAGAACAAAAGGGUUCUACACAGUUGCAGUCGGAAGGGAUCAAUAUUGUAACCUCUAGCUUUAAUUUAACGAAACCAAUGCAAGCGUUUGCAAAAAAAAAAGCUAUCAAAGUUCAAGAAUCUGUUACGGACGCAACCAAUUGUAUUAUUCUUGGGUCUCCUCCUCUUCGCAGAACGCAUAAGUUUUUGUUGGCAACUUCUCUUGGAAAACCAGCAAUCUCUUCUAAGUAUAUACUUGACUCAAUGAAAGAAGGCACGCUGCUUAAUUAUAACGAUUAUAUAUACGAAGAUCGGCAGGCAGAAGAAAAAUGGAACUUCUCAUUGAAAAAUGUGCAUAAAAGGCAUUGUUUAGAAGGAUUAAAAUUUUAUAUUACCUCGGCAAUGCGAAGUUCCAUGGUAGGAGAUUCUCUUCAUGGAUUAUACUCUAUUAUUGAAACUUCGGGUGCGAAAGUUGUUGAAGACAUCCAAGAAGCUAAGAAUCCACCGGUGGUGAUUUUGGGAUUACCAGUAAACGAUGCUGAGGGCUACAACAUGUUUGCUACGGGUCUACGCGUAUAUAAAAUGGAAAUAAUAGCACUCUCUAUUCUUCGUGAUAGAAUUGAUUUUGAUGAGUUUGCUAUUGAUUAUUCUCAAAACAACGUAUCCUCUACUGGAUCCUCUGGACGAAGCAGGAAACGAAGUUCUCGAACUUCUUUUAGCAAGACUAGAGCAAAAGAACAAAAGACUUAA